AUGAUGACGAUGUACUGGGGAUAUUCUGCUUGGGACGCUAAACCUGUCAUGCUCGCACCACUCAGCGCGGCCGAUUCUCUAGGAGAAGGAUUAUCGCCAGAAGAGCAAUAUCUUGCACGUUUGAGCCGUGAAUUCAAGCUGACAAACGAGACGGAGUGGCUGUCAUGGAGAUUUCGGCAUGCCAAAGAUUCUGCGGAGUGGACCGCUGUGAAUAGCGUGCACAACAACUUUGGUUCUCAAGAUGCAAGAGUGGUAUUCACUGAGCAUCCCAAUCCGCUGGAUGUGAGAGUUACCCACAGGAUGGAACUACCGGUUUUGGGAGAUUUAAGCUCGAAAUCUUACGACGCCUCGGAACUGGUGUUUGGAAUAACGACGACAUAUGACAAGAUUAUGGACCGAGAGGGAGCGCUGUUGAGAAGCUGGACUCGAUGGCUUACAGAUAGCCACAGGAAGAGUAACGGCGCGAGCCUCGUUCUUAUGCUUGACCAAGCUGGCAAGGACGAAGUUGAGGAAACUGAGAAUCUUCUUCGAACAAAUGGAGUCGAUGCUCAGGUCUUUGCUACAGGAGAGCCAAUGUCUCUGACGAGCCGAUAUCACGAGCUUGCCCACCUCCUCAAGUCUUUUGGAGCAAUUCUCUCCAAUAGCGGCGGCGCUAUUAAGCGCUGGUAUGCGCUUGUUGAAGACGAUGUUUUCUUUCCAGACAUUCCAUAUCUGCAGCAUCGUCUGGCCUCGUACAAAACAGAUGAAGAGGUUUAUAUUGGUCUACCAAGCGAGCAGGACGAUUGGGAGCCAACGCGAAGAAAUACUACUACGACGACGUAUGGUGGCGGUGCCGUAUUCCUCACUCGUGCUGCGUUGAAUACGCUGUCGAAACUCUCGUGCUUUGAUAUGCCUGAGCUAAGGGAUCGAUUCCAUGCGAAGCGGUGGGAUGUGCUUUUGAAGACGUGCUUUGCUUGGAAUAGCGAUGCCAGUAUGAGCGUCUUGCCUGGCUUUUACAAUCCAGACAUCAAAGUUAUCAAUGAGGAAGCUGAUGCGUAUGAGACUGGCGUGCGGCCACUGGUUCUUCAUAAUGCGCUGGAUCGGCAUGGAAUGGAUGUGAAUGUGGCGCACUUGGUGACGAAUGCGUGUGAUGCCUGCUUCAUGCAGCGCUAUGUUUUUCACGACAAUUGGGCUCUCACGGUCGGAGUGUCCAUCAGCGAGCAUUUCGAUACGAUACAGCACAGCUCAAAGGCGAUUAUCACAGAUAACAUGACAGCAGCGAACCAAUCGUCGACAUUGCAUGAAGUUGUCAUUGACGAUGCAGGUGUGGAUAGAACAGAGCUGCUGUGGACGGGAAGUAGAAGAGUGUGGAAGUUUGUAGACUCGGUCAUGAGUGAUGAUGGGGCUGUGUGGCAGGCUUAUAUUGACAAGGCUGUUGGCGAGCCUGGGCCUGACAACAUUGACUCUGUGAUUAUACUGGUCUGGGAGAAUAUGAAGCGGUAGAUUAUGGUGACGUUGCUUUUGGUUUCCUUAUUCCUCAAUUAUAGACGGCUAUCUUUUCCUUUUCCUUUACUUCUCUGUCCAUCAUUCGUUCUUGUUGAUGUACGUCUUCUUGUCCAGCUCUCUGGUAAGGCCCUGUCAAUUCUCUGUCCUUCACCAGGUUCUCUUCAAAUCCUCCCAGACUUCCUUCUUCAGCUUAUAGUGCACCUCCGUCUUCUCCUCGUCAAACUCGGACUGUCUCAUAACCCCCUGCCCCUCCAACCCAAACUUUGUAUUGACGAGCUGCAACAUCGACUCGUUCUCCUUCAACGUUGUAAUUGUCACCAAAUCCAGCUGAAGUCCCCCUUCGCUAGCCGGCGCAUAGCCCCAUCCAAUAGCCAUCUUCAUUGCCUCAAGGCCAUAACCCAGGCGCUUAUACUCCGGGUCCAACAUGGCGCCCACAUUGCCAACUCGGAUUCUGCGCCCAUCCCGCUUGCGGCUCUUGAUCGACCCAAAGCCUCCCAGCCCGAUAAUCGUCUCCUCAUCGCUGCCGUCUUCACCCUUGAGGACCACCAUCAUGUUGACGCGGUCCGGGCCCCUGGUGACGCUGCCUUGGGCGUCGACAAAGGUGGGCUCGCUGGCCGACUCGAGCGAGCGGGCAAUGGCGGCCUCUGCCGUCUCCAGCGACAUGUUUUGGCUGUGAGGAUCGAAUUUGUUCGCCGGCGCGGAGAGAAUGGCCACGAAGCGUUCGACGUCGGAGGCCUUGAUGGUGCGGAGGAACAGGUUGGGGAACUUGGGGGAGGGGAUGACGGCGUGGAGGUGGGAUAUUUGGGUUGCCAUGAUGGAAUUGCGGUUGAUAAGGGUAUAUAUAUAACGAUAUCGUGUGGAUGUUUGCAAGGAUAAAAAAUCAAAAAAA